AUGAAGCUCUCCAACAAACCUCUUUCCGCAUCAAAUGCCAACAACAUUGCUGCUUCAUUCCAAUACGAAGCGACCAUGGCCUCGGUGGAUGAUGAGAACGCUCUUUAUGAAAUGAUGACCAAAGGCUCUCUCUGCAAACGAAAAGACUUUCUGGAUAAGGAAGAUGAAGCAAAGAGUCAUCCUCAUAGGACUUUCUAUUACCGAAAGAAUGUAAAUUUGGAUAAGGUGAUUGAGUCUUGCACAAACAAGCUCAUUGCGGACCCAUCAAAUGUUAAGGCUUUACAUGCUCGUGCUCAAUCCUAUGCAAAGAAGGAAGAGUUCGAGAAGGCCAUUCAAGACUUUACAUCAAUUAUUCAAAUACUCGGAACGUCAUCCCCAAGCGGAGCUAACAGCGUAAAUUCAUCGUUUAAUACAAGCAAAGUGAGCAGUACUUCAUUCCUUAUGGGUCCAACGAACUCUUCCCUUGUAAAUGCUUACUUUAAUAGAGGCCAAUGUCAUGAAAAAUUAGAUCAACUGGAAAAGGCUCUUGAAGACUAUUCUAUGGUAUUGAAAAUUGAUCCCAAUCAUGUCAAUGCAGGUUAUAGCAAGGCUGCUUGUCAAAACAGAAGAGGAAAUUUUCAAGCUGCCAUUCUUGAUUAUGAAUUUGCGUUAGAAAGGGAUCAAGAAAAAAGCCAAAUCAAUGCUUCUCCAAAACGAAGGAGAAGAGUUCCUCGUUAUAUCGCAGAGGGGCACAAUACCUUCGAAGAGUAUAUGAAGAAAAAGGAAGAAACAGUGAAAGCCAAUAUCAUGAAAGAUUAUUCCAAAGACGCUCUUUCUUCAUUGGAAAAGUCCACUAACAAUUCUCAAAUAAUGAACAAUAGUGGUAUGAGCGAUAUAUCUAUCAGCAACGGUGUUAAGAGUUUACAACUUGGAGAUCAACCAUCAUCUGUAACCAAAUAUCAACCACAACUGACUAUCAAGAUUGGGUCCAAACCAUCUGAUCAAAAUCUUGAAGAGAUUUCUCCUCAGGUUGUCCCAAUAUCACCAGCUAUGAGCUUUAGACCUAGAUCACAUUCCAAUUCACAAAAUUCUUUACGUUCAUCCACAUCAAACGUGUCCCCAACAUUUGAAGAUGAAAAUAAUUAUGACAUGAAUUAUGAGUUCAAUUCCAACGAAGGUACUGGUAAUGCUCAAGAUGAUGAUGCUAGCGUGAAGAAUGCUGACUUUUAUCAUUCUAGAGGCUUCUCACAUAGAAAGAAGGGAGAUUUCCUUUCUGCUAUUAGGGACUACACAAAGGCCAUUGAACUCAAUCCAAAACACUUUAAGGCUUAUUUUAAUAGAGGUUUCUCAUACGACAAGCUUGGUCAAUAUCAAAAGGCGAUUGAAAAUUACACAAUGGCGUUGAGCAUUGAACCAAGAAACUCGUAUACGUAUUAUAAUCGAGGAAUUUCUUAUGAUAGACUUCAACAGUACAACAAGGCUAUUGAAAAUUUCACCAAAGCCAUAGAAAUUGAUCCAUCCAAUGCUGAUUUUUUCCAUAAUCGAGGAUUUUCCUAUCGUAAGCUUGGACAUUUUGAUAAUGCCAUUCAAGAUUAUUCCAAGGCGAUUCAAAUCAAUCCAAAACACUUCAAAGCUUUUUACAAUAGAGCAUUUUGCUAUGAUAAAAUUGCAAAUUUUCAAAAGGCAAUUGAGGAUUAUACCAUGGCAAUAUCUAUUGAUCCAAAGAAUAUUAAUGCUUAUCAUAACCGAGGAAGUAGUUAUGAGAAAGCAGAACUGUAUGAAGAGGCUAUCAGUGAUUGGUCCACCGCCAUCAAAUUAGAUCCAAACAAUGUACCAUCUUUCAUUUCAAGAGGUCUAUUGCUCGAUCGUUUGGGAAGGCCCGAAGAGGCCAUUCAAGAUUUUACGACAGUCAUUUCUAUUGAGAGCAAUCCAAGCGCAUCCAUGUACAUUAAUAGAGCUAGUGCUUUUAAGAAUAUGGGACAAUACGAUAAGGCUAUUCUCGACUAUACCAAAGCCAUUGAACUCAAUCCAAAUAAUACUCAAGUGUACAUUGAUAGAGGAUUUUCCUAUCGUAAACUUGGAAAGUAUGAUGAAGCCAUUAAGGACUAUACAACAACAUUGCAAUUUGAGCCUGAUAAUAUUAAAACGCUCAAUAACAGAGGUUAUUCGUAUGCCAAACGAUCGCAAUACGAGUUAGCCAUUACUGAUUAUGAUAGAGUCAUUAAGAUUGAUCCAAAGAACGUUCAUGCCUAUCACAAUAGAGGUAUUUCAUAUGAAAAACUCAAGAAUUAUUCUCGUUCCAUUCAAGAUUUUACAAAGGUCAUUGAGUUGGAUCCCCAAAAUGCAAAUGCUUAUUUCAAUCGAGGAAGUGCCUAUGAUUCUAUGGGAGAUUUUGAUAAUGCCAUUCAGGACUAUACAAAGGCAUUAGAAUUGGAGAAUCAAGCAGCAAGUAAUCAACAACCUCAACCAGUGAAUGAAUGA